GGCCGGGCAUCGAUUGUUCGGCGUUCCUCUAGGCACCCGUCGCGAUCAGCCGAGUCAGAAGUGAUCGAUGCUCUCGGUAUAGUCGGUGAUAAAGCCUGCCGAAGAAUCUUCGCCCGGACGGAACCAGUCGUCGCCAGCGACGAGAGACAAAACACGUCCAAGCGCCAGAGAGGUGCUGAUCAUGUCAGAGGACACCACAGAGCCCCUGGUGGGGUCCAGCACCCUCUGGAAGGACCUUAGGAUGCUCCUGCCUGACAGAGAGGAGGAGCUGAAGCUGGACCUCGGUGAGAAGGUGGACAGGAGUGUGGCUGCGCUUUUGCGGCAGGCUGUGGGUCUAUUCUACGCAGGCCAUUGGCAGGGGUGCCUGCAGGCCAGCGAGGCUGUCCUAGACUACUCCUGGGAAAAGCUCAACACUGGUCCCUGGAGAGAUGUAGACAAGGAAUGGCGCCGGGUAUAUUCCUUCGGCUGCCUCCUGAAGGCCCUAUGCCUGUGCCAGGCACCACAGAAGGCCACUGCUAUGGCGGAAGCACUGCGGGUGUGUGACAUGGGCCUGUUGAUGGGGGCAGCCAUCCUUGAGGACAUUCUUCUCAAAGUUGUCGCAGUCCUCCAGACACACCAGCUCCCAGGAAAGCAGCCUGCCUGUGGCCCCCACCAGGAUCAGCCUGCCACCAAGAAGGCAAAGCAUGAUGCCAGCCCAGCUCCCGAUGUCAUGUUAGAGCGGAUGGUACCCAGGCUCCACUGCCCACCUCUGCAGCACUUCAAGCAGCAUUUUCUAGUUCCUGGGAGGCCUGUGAUCUUAGAAGGUGUGGCUGACCACUGGCCGUGCAUGAAGAAGUGGAGUCUACAGUACAUCCAGGAGAUUGCUGGCUGCCGCACCGUCCCCGUGGAAGUGGGUUCAAGGUACACUGAUGAAGACUGGUCCCAGACUCUCAUGACAGUCAAUGAGUUCAUCCAGAAGUUCAUCCUGAGCGAGGCAAAGGAUGUCGGGUACCUUGCUCAGCACCAGCUCUUCGACCAGAUCCCAGAGUUGAAGCAGGACAUCAGCAUCCCUGAUUACUGUUGCCUGGGCAAUGGAGAAGAGGAAGAGAUCACUAUCAAUGCCUGGUUUGGUCCACAAGGCACCAUCUCUCCACUGCAUCAGGACCCCCAACAGAACUUCCUGGUCCAGGUGCUAGGAAGGAAGUACAUCCGAUUGUAUUCGCCGCAAGAGUCUGAGGCAGUGUACCCUCACGAGACGCACAUUCUUCAGAACACCAGCCAGGUUGAUGUGGAAAACCCCGACCUUGAGAAGUUUCCCAAGUUCACUGAGGCCCCGUUCCUGUCCUGCAUUCUGUCCCCAGGAGACACCCUCUUUAUACCUGCUAAGUACUGGCAUUACGUACGCUCCCUGGACCUGAGCUUCUCUGUCAGCUUCUGGUGGUCAUAGCCAGGGCCAGAUUGGAAAGGACCUCUGGGCAGACACCUUACCCGAAGGCAGUAAACCAAGUGUCAGUGCAGGCCCUGCAUGCCUGAACUCCAGCAGCCCUGCUCCCAGCCAAUGUCUGUUAUGUGUGACAGAGCUACUAUGUACCCAUGUGUGGCCCACCUGCUGUGUGUGCCCACAUGUGUAGGGCAGAGCUGCUAUAUGUACCUAAGCUAUCCAGAUUAUGGGUGCUUUUUUUCCUUUGUAACUGCUGGGCUGAGUAUCCCUUGCUGCUGGGUGCCCGAGUGCGGCUGGCAAGCUGCUCAGGGAGAACACAACGUGUAAUAGGGGUUUUCCUGGGUGGGAUAUAGCCGGGUCUGGGACAGCUGCUGUGGUCCCCAGUCUUCUGUGUACCCAGGCCUCACUGCCAGCUUACUACUAGGAGUUGGAAACAGAGGUCCUUGGCUCCAUACUUCCCCUCGGGGCACUUAUGCACCAGGCUGGAAGGGGAGGGCAGCGGAACUAGUUUGUUGUGAAUGUGGAGAAUACAGAGAAGAGAGAGGUCUUCCCAGAAUAUACAGGAGAGGCCUUUUACAGGGAAGCCCCUUCCCCCAAGCAAUCCUUGACGAAGAGACGGUUCUUACUCGUUCCAACUGUUUUAUUUGAUGGUGGAUGUGGAUGCAUACACCUUACUAAGGGUGAAUCAAGGAUUAAAUACCUCUUGUGGGAAGGAAUGCCCAGGAAGGGAAGCUCAUUGGCUGAACACUCAGAGCCCACUUAGAUACCUCAUUACCAUGGAGAACUCCAGGUUUUUAUGUUACAAGACUGACUGUCACGGUCUUCUCAGUGGGGUGUCAUGUUCCAGAUCAGGUAGUUUGGCAGGGAGCUGGCUCUACUCCAGCUGUUCUAAAUUCUGAGAUUUCCCCAGUCUGAGCCUGCUCAACCUUACCAGUUCUUCUGUCUGGUGGCCCGGUCCACUUGCCCCAUAUGUAACUUAAAUAUUUUCAAUAACAAUAAAAUAUAUUUUAUUAAUUAAAAAAA